AUGGUCGAGUAUGAGGCAGAAUUUCUGAGGCUGAGUCACUACGCAAGGGGCAUGGUGAUGAAUGAGUAUGAGCAUUGUGUUCGAUUUGAGGAUGGUCUUCGUGACAGUUUCCGAGUUUUAAUAGCUUCUCAGAGGGAGCGAGAUUUCUCGGUCUUGGUCGAGAAGGCCAAGAUAGCCGAGGAGGUGAAGCGCUCUGAGUAUCAAAACCAUGAGAAAGGGAAAGUUAAGAGGGAUUUUGAGUCUACUGGUUCUAGGAUGAGGCCUAAAAAAAGGCUAGAGCUGAUGGGUCCGUUAGAGUUGAGCCUACUGUUGCACCUGUUAAGGUGGCGAUCUGCCAGCUAUGUAAUAGAAGCCAUCCAAGCGAGUGUUAGAGAUCUACUGGCGCUUAGAGCACCUGGUAGAGGUGCUGGGCUAACUGAGGUGAGACAACCUGCACUUGUCUAUACUGCACGUCACCGUGAGGAUGGAGAUGCUCCAGACGUCAUCACGGGUACAUUUUUUAUUCUUAAUGUACCUUAUGUUGCAUUGAUAGACGUAGGCUCUACGCAUUCUUAUGUUGCAUGUUUUGUGUCUAAGACCUUGUGGAUUUUGCAUGAGAGUACUUCUAGUGAGAUUUCUGUGGUAAGUCUGUUGGGGCAAACCAUUAGGGCUAGUAAGCUAUUUAGGGACGUUCCAUUGGAAGUCCAAGGGACAAUAUUUUUGGUUGAUCUAAUGGAACUUCCGUUUGGGGAGUUCGAUUUAACUCUGGGUAUGGACUGGUUGGUGAAGCAUCGUGUAAGUCUGGAUUGCACUGAAAAGGGGGUGGUUCUGAAGAUCGAGGAGGAUAAUGAGAGAAUCGUGAUUGGAGAACGACGGAAUUAUCUGAGUAAUAUGAUAUCUGUAUUGGUAGCAGAGAAGCUGGAAUUACCAGGAUUACCUCUGAGCCGUGAGGUAGAAUUUGGGAUUGAGUUAAUUCUUGGUUCAGCUUCGGUGUCUAUCGCCCCUUAUCGAAUGGCACUAAAAGAGCUGGCUAAACUUAAGGCUCAGAUUCAGGAGCUGUUGCAUCGCUACAACUAUUGCAAAUUGUUCCAACAUUGCAAAAUUCGAUCUAAGGAGUAUAUGUCUCUUGAACAAGAAAUUGGUGAUGUUGAAGGCAUUCAUAAAUUAAAAAAAGUAAUUUCUGAUUUACACUAUAGAAGUGCCAUGGAUGUUGAGCAGAUUUUGAAUUAUCCAAGUGAAAAUGAAUCUUUGAUGGAAUCACCUACGUAUGAAGAAAUUAUUCAAGGAGUAAUGGAUGUGCCAGCUGAUGAGGAGCAAGAUCCAGAUAACAGUAGUGUUUUAUCACAUGUUUCUCCAAAAGUGGCUUUUCAUGUAAUGGCCUAA